ACAGUCCCAGUAAUUUCCGGCUCCCACCCGCAAGAUAGACCGCGAGUGGUCUCUAAAGACGCUAAAGACGUGAAUUCGCUCUCUUCUUCUUCUUCUUCUUCUCCGUCGUCCUCAGCCGUGUCCCCUUCUUCUGAGUGUCCCACGCGAUGGCGGCUCUGUGUCCCCCCCACAGCCUCGCUCGAGCUCGGCUCGCUUGCCACUGCACGCUCUCCUCCUUCUCUCUUCCCAAGGCUCUCUUCUCCAAUCGCCCUUUCCUCUCUUGUCCGGACGCUGCUCAUGUCCCGUUCCGUCGCAAGCACGGUCGAAGCUUCGCGUUCUUCCGCCCCCGUCGGUUCUCCGUCUCCGUCUCCGCCGCUUCGGCUUCUCCAGGAUGGAAUAAUUACGUUGAUGCAGUAAAUGAGAAAUAUGAUGUCAUCGUAGUAGGAGGAGGACAUGCAGGCUGCGAAGCUGCUCUUGCAUCGGCGAGGUUAGGGGCAAAAACUCUCCUCCUGACACUGAACAUUGAUCGCAUUGCAUGGCAGCCAUGCAAUCCUGCUGUUGGUGGCCCCGCUAAAUCCCAAUUGGUACAUGAAGUGGAUGCACUUGGGGGAGAUAUUGGCAAGGUUGCUGAUAGGUGCUAUUUGCAAAAGCGCAUUCUCAACAUGUCUAGAGGUCCUGCAGUUCGUGCAUUGCGUGCUCAGACUGAUAAAAGGGAAUAUGCUCUCGAAAUGAAAAAGAUAGUGGAAAGCACUUCAAAUCUUUCUAUUAGAGAGGCAAUGGUGACGGAUAUCUUGCUUGGAAAGAACGACAAUGUGGAAGGUGUACGUACAUUUUUUGGGAUGAAUUUUUAUGCACCCUCUAUAGUCCUCACCACUGGAACUUUCAUGAGUGGUAAAAUUUGGGUUGGUAGAACAUCUAUGUCUGCGGGAAGAGCUGGUGAAUCAGCUUCACAUGGUCUGACCGAGAAUUUGCAGCGUCUUGGAUUUGAAACUGAUAGACUAAAAACUGGAACUCCAGCGCGCGUGGACUCUCGUACUGUAGAUUUUUCUGGACUGGAACCCCAGCAUGGAGAUGAAGAGAUCAGCUGGUUCAGCUUUGACCCUGAAUUUCAUAUUGAAAGAGAACAAAUGUGCUGCUAUCUUACGCGAACAACAAAGAGCACGCACCAGCUAAUCAUAGAGAAUUUGCAUGAAACCCCUACUUAUGGUGGAUGGGUCGAAGCUAAAGGACCUAGAUAUUGCCCUUCAAUUGAAGAUAAGAUUGUUAGAUUCAAAGAUAAAGAGUCCCAUCAAAUUUUUCUAGAACCGGAGGGUCGUACUGUGCCGGAGCUCUAUGUGCAGGGAUUCUCGACUGGUUUACCAGAGCAGCUGCAAUUGCCUCUCCUGAGAACUUUACCUGGACUUGAGAAUUGUUCGAUGCUAAGGCCAGCUUAUGCUGUAGAAUAUGAUUACUUACCUGCUCAUCAAUGUUCUAGGUCUCUGAUGACCAAAAAUAUCGAGGGACUUUUCUUUUCUGGUCAAAUAAAUGGAACGACGGGCUAUGAAGAAGCUGCUGCACAGGGUAUCAUAUCCGGAAUCAAUGCUGCUAGAUUGUCAGAUGGGAAGCCCCUCAUUGUGCUUGAGCGAGAAAGCAGUUACAUAGGGACCUUAAUCGAUGAUCUUGUCACCAAAGACCUCAGAGAGCCAUAUCGAGUGCUGACGAGCCGUUCAGAACACCGGUUGCUUCUUCGAGCAGAUAAUGCUGAUAGUCGUCUCACUCCUUUGGCAAGAGAGAUUGGGCUAAUUGAUGAUAGACGCUGGAAACUUUACCAAGAGAAGCAAGCUCGAAUUUCAGAGGAAAAAGAGCGGCUUAAAUGUGUCAGAAUAUCAGGAGGAGACUUGGCAGCUGAUGUUACCCGCUUGUCUGGUCAGCCUGUGAAGGAUUUUUCAAAUCUCUCGAGUCUUCUCAAGAAGCCACAUAUACAAUACAAAGUCCUCGAUGUGCAUGGUUUUGGCAAUAAAAACCUUUCCAGAAUGGAGAAAGAAUGCGUCGAGAUUGAUGUCAAAUAUGAAGGAUUCAUUUUGCGCCAAAAAAGUCAACUCCAACAGAUGGUUCAUCAACAACGGAGACCCCUUCCUGACGACUUGGAUUACUAUGCUAUGACUACUUUGUCUCUUGAAGCAAGGGAGAAACUCUCCAAGGUAAGGCCACAGACUAUUGGACAAGCAAGCAGAGUGGGUGGAGUAAGCCCAGCUGAUAUUACUGCUCUUCUUAUCAUACUUGAAUCUAACCGGAGGAGUGUUCAGGAACAGAGGAGACCGCAGUUGCUGUCUUCUGUCAUGGAUGAAAACGGGCAGGUCAAGUCUAAAGCUUCUAUAGCGUAAGCUAUUAGCUUCUGAUGAUAUCUAGGAGCUGCUGCAUAUGGACCAUGUCAUGAUGCAAGGCUGUCUUAAAAAAAACUUCAUACCCAUCUGCUUUGCCUGGGCACAACUUGAGCCAUCAAGGAAUUGGGAAACAGAUGGAGCACGCAACGCUUUAGUCCUCAUAUCCUCUCAUAACAUCAGAAAGUUUCUUGGAGGCACAAGAUCUGCAACAUAUCUGGAAUACUGGAGCAUCUAUUAUUAGCUGCCUGCAUACAAAGUUGCUCUACGAUCUGCUAAAAAGAAGGUAAUUUGGAAUGACGAGAAAGUACCAUCAUAUCACAGCAAUUUUGACAAUGUUGAGGUGCCUUUUCCCUCUCUCUUCCAGUCAUCAUAGUCCUUCCUCAUGAUCGUAGUAAUUUUCAGUUAGAUGAUUGAGGGUUUGUCCAUGAUCAAGUCCUUGUGUACUGCAACGCUAUUAUUCUGGCACGGCCAAUAUAUUAUAUGUCCCUUUUUAGGUACCAUUUCAUAGUGCUCCAGUGAAUUGUUAUUGUGAUUGCUCUGAACUGAUAAUUUGAUGAUUGAAUUUGGAGGGAGAUGGAGAUAUUUGGUCGAA